AUGGCCUCAACUCCACUAGCAUUCAAUCUACCACCCAUUAUCAUCCCUGGUACCCUCAUAUUCCCUAAGUUUGACUCCAUCAGUGUUUUGGAUCAUGCCGUCACUAACAAUGUCUUUACUCUGGAUGUUUUUUUGACUAAUGGAUGUUUUGGUGGAGAUGGCUCGCCAGUUACAAGGCACAAGCAGGCAUCCUUACCUGUCUCUACCUUCACCAUCAACCCUGUCUCCACCAUGAGAGAAUCCAGUCCACUCAUUCAUCUGGUUGGUACACUUCCAGUACCACAUCCCACUGUUCCAAUAGAUUCUAUGCCCUCCACUAGCACCCUUCAUACCAUGAUCACUGGGCCAUCAAAUAUGCUAGUGGAUGGUCAGUCUAUCUUAGCUUCUUUGCCAAACCAGUCAUUUGCACCUUAA